AUGCCAUUAGAAUAUCAUAAACAGAUAUUUGAAACAUGUUUAUCAAACGAUGGUUUAGUUGUAAUGUCAAAGGGCUUGGGAGUACAACAUGUGAUAUUGGCAUUUCUCAAAGUGUAUUGUGACUCUGACAAGUUGGUGUUGUAUGUCGAUCCGUACAGCGAGUCGUUGCAAGAGUCGUAUUGCUACUACAAUGAAAAGCUACUGCAGUUUGGCGUAAAGUAUGCUAAUCUGCCAACCUUUCUCAAACAAGAACUGGUGGGUGCGUCCAAGUACCGCGACGGAGGUGUCUACUUUGGCCCAGCAGCAACGUUUAUACUCGACAUGUUGAUGAACAGAAUACCAACCGACCACAUUGCCGGUAUCAUUGUCGACAAUGCGCACCGUAUCGAUGACUUGUCACCCGAGGCAUUGCUCUUGUCACUUUUCAAGAUGCGAAAUAGUCGUGGAUUCAUAAAGGCAUUUUCAUCAGAUGCUGCAUACAUUACAUCGUCGUAUGCGUCGUUUGGAGACAUUAACAACUUGCAACGACUAUUAAAGCUUCUUCAAGUACCACGUGUCUAUUUGUGGCCACGAUUCCAUCUUGCCGUGGCAAAUGAAUUGGAUACGGAUAGUAUUGCUGGUGGCGCAGUUGCAGACAAUCGACUGAUCGAGUUGACCAUCCCAAUGACAGAGAGUAUGAUCAAGAUUGAAAAGGCACUGACCAACACGAUCGAAAAGCUAAUGGGUGACAUUCGUUCGAAAAACAAACAUGUAUUGGAAAAGCAUAGGAUGACAUUGGAAGAUGGCCUAUUUAACAGCUUUGACUCGAUGGUACAGUCUUGGGGUGACAUUGGAUGGCACACCAAGCAAAAUCUAAAUACCAUCAAAAUACUUAGGAAUCUAACAACCCUCCUUGUGAAAUAUGAUGGUGUAUCUUUCCUCAAAUUUCUAGAAACUCUACGAGAUGUAGAUUCUUCUUAUAAUAAUCCAGAAGAUGAAUAUAGUUGGAUUUAUACAAGAGAUGCUGAACAUUUAUUUAAUAGUGCAAAAGAAAGAGUUUAUAUAGAAUCAAAAUUAGAAUUUAAAAAGAAAAAAGGAGAUAGUGGACAAAAAGUAGAUGUUUAUAAAAGAGAAUUGGUUUUGGAAGAGAAUCCAAAAUGGCAUUUAUUAUAUCAAGUUAUAAAAGAAAUUGAAGAUAGCAAGAAGGAAACUGGAAUAGAACCAGAGACAAUAUUAGUAUUUGUAAAAGAUGAAAGAACAUGUACACAAUUACAAGAGUACCUUGAUUUGGGUGGUUAUGGAAUGUUGUUAAAGAAAUAUGAUCGAUUGUAUGCUCCGACACCACCCGAAUCAACCAAUUCUAGUAUUUAUACAGGUGGUAAUUCGAGUUGGGCUGGUGCCAAUCGUAGAAAACGAGGUGGUGCUGGUGGAAAAUCAUAUAGUAAAAGAGCAAGUGAAUCAUCGAGAAAACAAAAAAUAACAGAAACCAAUAUGCGAAAGAAAAUGAAUAUAAAGGAUGAAACCAAUGCAACGUUGUUUUCAAUGGGUGUGUCGGUGGUUGGUGGAGCGGGUGGUUUGUCCAUCUCCAAUCCUAGAAUAGUAGAGGUCAAUGGAGACAAUCAAUCCAUCGACAUUGAGCAGAUCGACGAUAUCUACUCGGUACUUUCACCUCCCCACAUUAUCAUCCAUCCCAUCGAAUGGUCGGGUAAUAUCCUCGAAGAUGCGACACCACAACACAUUAUCAUUUACGAUGCCGAUGUCACCAUCAUCCGUCAAAUUGAAGUGUUUCGUGCCGAGAACCCUCACAUGACUCUGUUUGUCUAUUUUUUACUCUAUUCCGACUCGAUAGAGGAAAGUAAAUACAUUUCUAUAUUACGUCGUGAAAAGGACGCAUUUGAACGACUCAUUAGAGAAAAGGCAUCUCUGAUUGACCUCAGUGGCGGUUUAAACAAUACGACCAUCACCACGGAAAAAGAACAAGAGGUUGCAAGGAUUAAAAACAUCACCGAGGAAGAAUUGGAAAUGCUCCCGAGUGCCAAUACGAGCUCGCGAGCCGACAGCAGAACAGGAGGUGUUGUCAAAUAUAGGUCGGCGUUGCGUAGAGGACAAGGUACCAAGAAAAAGGUGGUGGUCGACAGUUUUGAAUUCAAGAGUAGUUUGCCGGUCGCACUUCACUUUGGCGAGUACCAAAUCAUCCCGCUGCGUCUCGUCACUGGUGAUUAUGUCAUCUCGCCAUUAUACUGUAUUGAAAGAAAGAGCAUAUCCGAUUUGAUCGGCUCGUUUGGGUCGGGUCGUCUAUUCCACCAAAUCGACCAGAUGGGUCGUCACUAUACCAACCCGAUUCUCCUGAUCGAGUUUGACGCACGUCAACCAUUCAUGCUACACACACAAGAAGAACUCAAUCUACCGUAUAUUUCACAGGUUGCUCUGUCGAGCAAGCUCAUGAUGCUCUCUCGUGCCUUUCCAAAGAUGCGAAUCAUUUGGGCGCGAAGCUCACGUUCUACAGUGGCCGUGUUUGACCGACUCAAAGAAAAUGGCCCUGAACCUGACCCCUCCAACAUUAACGUCUUGCCCGAACCCUCUGCCAACAACUCGGAAUACAAUUAUGCACCACACGACGUUCUCAAAAAACUACCCGGUAUCAAUGAAUCCAACAUUCAUUUUGUACUUGACGGUGUUAGAGAUCUUCACCAUCUAUCUCAAAUGUCAAAAGAUCAACUAUCAACUUUAUUACAUUCUGAAACUGAUGCAGCUUUACUUUAUGCUUUUUUAACUCAAGAUCAUAUUUCUUCAAAAAACAUUAAUAAUCAAAAUAAUCAAAAUAAUAAUAAUAAUGGAAAUUAUAAAAGGAAUUGGUCAAAUAGAAAGAAAUAA